GUGCCGUGGGACACACCGUAGUCCCAAAAUAUGGCGACAUGUUCGUCGUCCGACAUAAAGACGGUGGAGGGAAGAGAAUAUAACGAGCGGGAGCCGCAGAGAGCGCGGCUGUGGAUGGAGGCCUGGAGGAAGGAGCAUGGCCUGACAGUCGCGCGUCUGUUCUUAAACACCUGCCUUUUCGGGCGAUUGACUGGGCGGCGCGUCGCGACGGUGGCGGACACGAUCACCUGCAGGCGCCCGCCACGUUCUCUGUACGCGUCGACCUCAGCUAGCAAUGCGUCUCUGGUGGGCCCUCCUGCCUCUCGUCCCCGCCGCCCUCGCGCAGUCAGGAAACGACUCCGAGUCUCUGCUAUGGGGCGCAUACCGCCCCAAUCUCUACUUUGGGCUCAGGCCCAGGAUCCCGCAGUCGCUCAUGACAGGUCUCUUGUGGUAUGGCACACAAGACUACCAGUCCCUCACCCGCGCACGACAUAACUGUGAUCAGGGAGACGGUCUAAGCGGUUACACUUGGACAGAGUACGAUGCACGCGAAGGCGGGGUACAAGUCAUCAAGGAUGCUCCGAAUAACGUCGUCAUCACGACUGAGUUCCUGAAAGUACCAGGGGGAGCCCACGGCGGAAGUUGGGCCGCACGCAUCAAAGGAGAACCGCUGAAUCCAGCAUUUCCUAGUCGGAUAUCCGCCAUUUUUUAUGCUGGGCUGGAGGGCCUCGGAGGGCUAGAGAUGGAGAAUGAGGAGAACGAGAACGGUUUCAAUGGGCCUGCCAAGAUUAUGGGUAAUUCUCCGGACUUGGAUGAGUUCUCGAUCCGCAUUGUGGAUGGGCCGAAUAAUCGACAUGUCGAGAGCGGCCCGUUCGCCCACGACCAUGCGCACCGCAUUGGCAAGACUCAUUUCGCUGGCCUUCGUGCCCAGCCUGGCACGAUCUGGCAAGCAAGAGAGUUCAUUUUGAAAAACAUCCUGGACCAUGCGCGUGACGCCUUGGGGGCGUAUCAGGAUACAAGCAAAGGUCUUCCCGAUCCAUCCUUCACGUUGCAACUAUCGGACGAAGUGUACUCUGCAAGCAACCUAUAUGCAGUACAGAAACUCUUCGACGGUCCUUUCCAAUUUGAUGUGUACUACGAGAGUGAGAGCGCGAAGCAACCGUUGGAUGCCUCUGUGCUAGAAGAAGGGAUACCUGCUCUGCUCUCGAAGUACGACAAGCGCUUCGACACCGUGCUCGCCGUACCCGCUGAUUAUCCUACCACCGACCCGGAAGCACUGAAAAGCUUCUCAAAGGCCAUAACGUCCAACCUGAUAGGGGGCAUCGGCUAUUUCUACGGUACUUCGAUUGUGAACAAGGGGUUCAGAUUUGAGUGGGACAAGGAAGAAGACGACGCUUCCGAAAGCAAUUUAGAUAUCGAUGAAGGCGCCCGGUUGACUGAGCCGAAAGCUCUGCUGACGGCAACGCCCAGCAGAAGCUUCUUUCCAAGAGGGUUCUACUGGGACGAAGGGUUCCAUUUACUGCACAUCGGCGAAUGGGAUAACGACCUCAGUCUUGAGAUCUUGAAGGACUGGAUCAACCUGAUUGAUGAAGAUGGCUGGGUCGCACGGGAACAGAUCCUUGGCGAGGAAGCCCGCAGCAAAGUGCCACCUGAGUUCCAGACACAAGUCCCGACAAACGCAAAUCCGCCCACGCUUGCGAUGGCCGUCACUGCGUUCAUCCAUCGUAUCAAGGCCUCCUCUGGUGGUCUGUCCGACGCAGACCUAGGAAUGGACGUUGGCAUGGGUGCCGGCUCACAGGUCCCGCUCACUGGCGCUGUGUCCCACCCAGGUAGCAAGUACGUCACGGACCACGCGCUGGCGACGUCCUACCUGAGGUCAAUCUAUGCACCGCUCAAACGGCACUACGACUGGUUCCGGCGCACGCAACGCGGGCAGAUCAAGCAAUAUGGCCGCAAGGCACGCUCGCGCACGGAGGCGUACCGCUGGCGCGGGCGCAGCGAACAGCACGUCCUGACCAGCGGCAUGGACGACUACCCGCGUGGACCGCCGCAUGCCGGCGAACUGCAUCUCGAUCUGAUCAGCUGGAUGGCGUUCUUCUCGCGGACGAUGCGGGAGAUCGCGGAGUUCGUCGGUGAGGUAGACGAUGCCGCUGCGUUUGAGGAGAUUGAAAAGGCGACGAUCGGUAAUAUUGAUGAUCUGCAUUGGAGUGAGGAGAACCAGAUGUAUUGCGACGUCGGGGUAGAUAACGAUGAUGAGUCCUACCACGUAUGCCACAGAGGGUACCUCUCCAUCUUCCCCAUGCUGCUAGGCCUCCUUCCCCCCGACUCGCCGCACCUCGGCGCGAUCCUCGACAUCGUCCGCGACCCGGAACACCUUUGGUCUCCGUUCGGCCUGCGUAGUCUGUCUAUUUCGCAUCCUGAGUUCGGCAAGGGCGAGAACUACUGGAAGGGCCCGAUAUGGAUGCAGAUGAACUUCCUCGCUCUGCAGUCGCUUUAUAAGACGUAUGCUGUCCAGGAGGGUCCGUACCGGCAGCGUGCACAGGAGAUUUACUCGGAGUUGAGAAGGAACGUUGUGGACAACGCCUUCAAGGAGUAUCAAAGGACAGGCUACGUAUGGGAACAGUAUGACGCUGUUUCAGGAGAAGGAAGGAGAAGUCACCCAUUCACGGGCUGGACGUCCCUCGUAGCCCUGAUCCUGGCUGAGAAGUACUAAAAGCCCAGAUUGCGUAAGUGUCCUGUGCAAUGCAUCAGGCACGUCGUUUGUCAUCUUCCCAUUCUACAUGUGUAUCAUAGUACCGUUCCUACCUUUUUGCGGACAUAUGCGGACUAAAA